AGCCACUUUCAAAGUUCAAGCAGUUGCGAAGUCUUUGCUGUGUAGAACAGUUUCUAAAACUCAACUUUUCCUCACUGACUGGAUUUAGAAAUUGAGACCAAUUGCUAGGAGUUUGUGCCUGUCAAAACAAACUCUUUACCAUGGCUCUAACCGAUGCCAUGCUGCCUUCAAUCUCCACAUUUGCUGACCAGAGUAUGGAUGAAAAACAAGAUGAAAUUGUGCAUAGGUGGAAGGUGGAGCGCGACGACGGUAAUGGAGCGAGGAACGAAUUCAGGCCACUCAUUGAAGUUGAAUUCAACGUCGUUGAGUCAGCGUCGUUAAAGAAGGAGGAAGAUGAUUUAAGCAAAUUCUUGGAUUUAGAGUUUAUCCUGUCCAAUACCAUUGCAUCUGAGAAUGGGAAUAACUCUUUACACCCAUCAGCUUACCCGCUGCCCGAGACGCCCGAGAGCUGCAGUACUGUAUACGACAGCGACGGCUCCUACCCUACGCCAAACAACUACGGUAACAGCAAUAGCUUUUCAGGAAGCCCAAACCACAGCCUGGUCGCUGAACUCCUAACCCCAGAGCUGAACUACAACGGUUCUUGUGACAUUCAACAGGACUAUAGCAUGAAGGCAGUCGUGGAUAGAAGGGAGUACACAGAGCUUAGGACACCCAACGUGAAUCCUAUUCAGUUAUCCAUGCGCACGGACAAUAUGCACCACAUGGGACUAAAAAUCAAAACAGAGAACCAGGAGCACUCAUGCAUGAUGGCAGCUGAAUGUAUGGGGCAGAUGAUAGACCAAAAGCCACCCCUGUUGCCCAUGCAUCACCAACAGCAUAUUCAUCAAGUGCCACAUCGUGGGUUUGUUCACCAUAGGGUACCCCAAUCGGCAUCCUUAGAAGAAAUGGUUCCAAAAGACUGCCAUUCUAUCGCUGAUAUGCACCCCCACCCACACAUGGCCCUUCAUCAGCAGUAUCAUUUCGUCAACUCAUAUACAAACCAUUAUGGCCACCACCAAGCCACGCCUCAGUUUCACGGACAAUUCAACAUCUUUAGAGAGCCCAUGAAGGUUCAUCACCAAGGCAUGCGUGGUAUGAUGCCGACUCCUCCGUCUUCUCCGCACCUGGAAUUCUUUGCGCCCGUCUGCACCCCAGAAGACUGCAAACCCAAACGAGGACGCAGAUCCUGGGCAAGAAAGCGGACAGCAACCCACAACUGCGAGUACCCGGGCUGUGGGAAGACGUACACCAAGAGCUCUCAUCUGAAAGCUCACAUGCGCACUCAUACAGGUGAGAAACCUUACCAUUGUAACUGGGAAGGCUGUGGAUGGAAAUUCGCCAGAUCUGAUGAACUUACUCGCCACUACAGAAAACACACUGGUCACAGACCAUUUCAGUGCCACCUGUGCGAGAGGGCCUUCUCCCGAUCCGACCACCUGGCACUGCACAUGAAGAGACACAUGUAAAAAAAAAAAAAAAAAAAAAAAAAAAAAAAACCUUGAACAUUUAAAAAAUAAUUAUAAUAAUAUUAUAAAAUGAAUAAAGUGGCUAUUUAUAAGAGAUCACAUAUUUUGGGUAAACAAUACGUUAAUUUAUGUAUAUAAAAUUGUCACUAAAUUAAGACUUAGUAUUUAAGCAGUUAACCUUCUUGAUGUGCCUAAUACACAUAAUGACGUCAGCUGUGGCAUUUCAAUUUUUACAAAACAGGGCGGGACCCAUGUUGUAUAUUAUUGUGUAUAGCUUUUUGAAACCGAACAUUUGUUUGUACCUUCGUUUUUUUUGUUGUUAAUAUUGCUUACGUAAAACUACCAUGUCAAGAGGCAAAACGAAAAAAAAAAAUUGAACUGUGGGAACUAUUUAAUCUGUGUCUUAUAACUUAAAAAAAAAAUCUUUCUGUGUAUAAAAUGUUUGCUUGUUUCGUCUAGUUAAUUCCUUUACUGCCGACUCUUUUGGUCUGUAAAACAUCAUUGUUUUUGAUGUUCUCGAGUUUCUGGUCUUUAAAAAGUUACAGAAUCAGGUACUGAUGACUGCCUUGUUUAAUGAAGUUGUACACUUUGUAAAGAUAUACAUGAACUGUAUUUUUUAUUAAGCAUAUACUUGAAACUUUUUUCAGCAGAAGUUAUUAACCACUUGUUUACUGGCCUCAUAUAGCUCUCCAAAAAAGUUAUUAUUACUAUUUUUGUAUUGGUAUUUCUAUGUAGACGAAGGCUAAAAGCUAAAUAACUCACUUCAAAAGUGCAAUAUGUGGUGUUUAUCUUCUUAUUUUAAAGUGGAUGCUUUUGUAUAGUUGGUUAUCCAAAGAAAAUAUAUAUAUAUAUGUAAAUAUAUAAUGUAUGUUGCUGUGUGUUUUGAGAAAAAUAAAGUUAAUAUUAAAAAAAAAGAAAAAAAAGAU